GAUGCUAUUGCCUGGGUUAUAUAUAUUGCCUUUCUAUUUCAUGUCUUCUGUCUUCAUUUUUUAAUAAAGGAAAUCAUCUAACACCAUCUUUCCGAACUAUAUAUACAUCUCCUAUCAACACAAUGUCCAACACCAAACUCUUCCCCGGCGACCCCUCCGACGUAAUGGUCAUCCGCCAAGUAACCGAAGACAUCACCACUUUCAGCGUCCCAUUUUCUCGCUUCGGACUAUUAAAAUUCGGUGGUCGAGGCACAUUAAUCCGCCUCACCACUUCAAACCUCGCCAUCUUCUCCCCCGUCGCCCUAACCCCAGCCAUCCACCACCUGAUAACCACCACCGGCACCGGCAAAGUGUCAUACAUAAUCGCCCCCGACCUCGAACACCACAUCUACCUCUCAACCUGGAAAACGGCCUUCCCUGACGCAAAGAUCCUCGCCCCGGAGGGUCUUUACGAGAAACGCCGAGCUGAUCCCACCGCUUACCCCGAUGCUACACCCUUCGAGUUUAUCUUCACGAAGGAAAACAAGCACACGUUACACAUAAGCGAUGAAUUCCACGCUGAUUUUGAGAUUGAGUAUGUGGACGGACAUACCAACAGGGAAAUAGUAUUAUUGGAUAAAAGGUCAGGGACGUUGAUUGAGGCGGAUCUGUUGUUUAAUUUGCCUGCUACGGAACAGUAUUCCCGUUUGAGGGAGGGGGCGGGGGAUGGGGUUGCCAAUCGGUUGUUUAUGCCGUUGGUGAAGUUGGGAGGGGGUGAGGGUGGGUGGCAGGCGUGGUUUAUGUGGUGGGUUCUGAGUAAAGGGGAUAGGGAGAGUUUUGGGGAUAGUGUGAGGAGGAUUGCGGAGUGGGAGUUUGAGAGGGUGGUUCCUUGUCAUGGGGAUGUUGUGGAAGGUAAAGGGAAAGAGGUGUUUAGGGGGGUGUUUGGGAGGUUUUGGGGGUGAGAUCGGAGUAGAAUUGAAUGGUUUUGGGAUGGUGUGGGGUCUGGGGUGUUUGUAUCGCUGUAUGUUAUAAAUUAUAUAUCUGUUUCGUGGUUAUUUUUCUUGUUUAUUAGUUGCAUUUGUUGGUUCAGAACAGUCAACUGUAUUUCGAGAGGUAAGUACAUUGUUUCUGUAUGAUUAUGUAGUUUAUGGAGUGUCCAAUUACUGAAAUCAGCACAGGCUUUUAUGAGAUCUGUAUAUCUUUGGAUCUUACUUCUUGUCCAUAUCACCUCUCUCCACCUCCACCUAGAUUCAUCGCUGCGCUAACACAGGCCAGAUGACUAAACGCCUGUGGCAUAUUGCCAAUCUGCUCUCCUGAUGUGGCCACCUCCU